UAGAAAUAAUUAAACAUGUUUGUAUUUUUUUUUCAGACUUUAACCUAUCUCACCAAGAAGGAAAUUUUACAUGUCUACAAGAGAUUUUAUAAUUUAGACAGCACUUCUGUAGAUACUGACAGGAACUGCAAACUCACAAAGGGCAAGGUACUGGAGCUUCCUGAACUGAAGGUGAACCCUUUUGGAGAGCGCAUCUGCCAGGUGUUUUCAUCAGACGGCCAGGGCAAUAUGACAUUUGAAGACUUCCUGGAUAUGAUGUCAGUCUUCUCAGAUAAUGCACCCAAGAAUGUCAAGGUUGAAUAUGCCUUCAGAAUAUAUGAUUUUGAUGAGGACGACAUGUUAUCAAGUGCAGACCUGCGUCAGGUUGUUGACCACCUGACAAGUUUCCAGAACCCUGAUCAGAAGCUGUCUGAUGAGGACAUGCAACAGCUCAUAGAUAAUAUCCUUGAAGAGGCAGAUCUUGACGAUGAUGAUUCUCUGUCAUUUGCUGAGUUUGAACAUGUUAUAUCCAAGGCUCCAGACUUUGUCAACUCCUUCAGAAUCCGUUUGUAAAGAGGUUGAGACAGAUCAGAUCUCUCCCUACACAAGAAGUCCCAUCCAGAUGUCAAGUUAAGGGGUAUAAGCCUCAGCAUGCUCAAGAAAUCAGUCUCCUGUCAUCUUCAUGACAGACGCUGUCACUUUCGAUCUGAAAAAUAUUGUUUUCUUAUUUGAUUUUAAUUAAAUUGUUCUUGUUGGAAAUGAUUAAUAUAUUUUUAAACUGUGAUCACGUCUGUGAAUAUUAUGAUAGUUUUAGCAGUGUUGCCAUCCUUAGAUAUGAAGAGGUCAAACUAUGUACCACAUUUGCUGUGUUAUUGAGCUCCAAUCAGCACCCUCUAACCAACUUGUAGACUUGUCAGAGAGUAAUGUUUUGUGUAUUGUAAACAGUGUUUUGAAAAAUACAGACAGCUGGAUGUUUAUUCCUGAUUUAAAGAAAAAUAGUUGGAAUGAAAUUAUUCACUACUGCUUGAUCUCUGAAAAGAAUUUUAACUUUCGAUACCUGGUUUUAUUUUAACAAAUAUGGUACAUGUUGGUCGAUUAUGUUACUUUUGUUUUAGCAGCGUAUUUUCUUGGAGAUUACUCAUGUUUCCAUCAAUGGCUAAGGCUGCUGGUUCUGUCUGUGGCUAAGAAGUCUGUCAGACAGACGUAAAAUUUUAAUGUUUAAAAUAUGGGAUAUGACUGUGCAUUGGAAAAACAGUGAAUCUUUGUUUACUCAUGCUGUUAAGCAUGUAUGAUUUUAUGUGAUAAAAAUCAUUCAAGAUAUUAUCGGCACUACUGGUUGUGGGCUGACAUCAAACUGUGGAUGACAACACAUUUCCAGUGAUUCCAGUGAUUCUGAGUUGACCAAGUUUCACUUUGUACAAAUAUUACCAUAAGGCCAGACCAAUUUUAUUUCUUGUUUUAUGGCUUAUUGGCCUCAGAAAACCUAAAGGCAGGAGGGGAAAAAAUAAAAAAUAAAAAUAACUCGUCAAAAUAAUUUUCCUUUUAAAUACUAAAAGUAUUUUAUUUUUGGCAAUUUAUGAAGUUUAUAUGGGGCAAAAAACAAUCAAAAAAAUUGUUUUUGUCAUAUGCACCUUGUCACUUUUAGCUGUUUUUAUAAUAUUGUGAAUGACAUUGGAUGUUACUGUUUUGUUUCAUGCAACUGAUACCAGCAAUAUAACACAUUGCUGCUGCUUUAAUAAGCAGACUGCGGAGAAUGGAAAAUAUCAUCUACAUUUCAGAUGGCACACACUCCGUGAGAUUGUAUAUAUUCUAUUGUGUGUUCCCAAUUGUGAUACCAUGAUAAAUUAUGAAUUUAUUGAAAAUGGUUUAAAUGGCCACAUUGCUGCUGCAGGUUCUGUUGGUCAGAAAGAUCACCAUGAUUACUGUGUAUAUGUACAUAUAAUGUAGUUGUGUUGGAUCCGAGUUCCAUUCACAGACAUUUGUGAUGUUGUUUCUGUUGACUUCGUUAUGUGAUAUCAUUUUAGGCAAAACUUUCUUCAUUGCUUGGAUACAAA